AUGGCCGCCGCCGCGGACGCCAAGGCGGCGCAGAUGCCGUUUAUCAAGAACCUCGCCUCGAGCGACCGCAAGCUCCGCACGCAGUCCCUCUCCGCGCUGCAGUCCUUCCUCUCCGCGUGCCCGCCGCUCGCCGGCGCCGAGGCCGCCAAGCUCUGGACGGGCCUCUACUACGCCCUCUGGAUGACGGACCGCCCGCGCCCGCAGCAGGCCCUCGCCGCGGACCUCGCCGCCCUGCUGCUCACCUCGCUGCGCGACCCCCGCUGCGCCGCCCCCUGGCUGCGCGGCUUCUGGGCCGUCCUCUCCGCCCAGUGGCCCCGCGUCGACGCCCUCCGCAUGGACAAGUUCCUGCUGCUCGUGCGCCGCGUCUUUGCCGCGCAGCUGCGCUGGGUGAGGGAGCGGGGGUACUGCGAUCCUGCUACCCCUGCCGAUGCGAAGCACGAGGGAAAGGAGGAGGAGGAGGAGGAGGAGCGGGAGUACAAGGAGGGCAGGGACCCCGUCGAGGAUGUCAUGCGCGUGCUGGAGCAGUGCACCUUUGACGUCGACGAGGAGUUCCGCACCGCGCUGGGCCUGCGCCUGCACGUGCUGGACCUCUGGGUCGACGAGCUGGAGCGCGAGGGCUGCCUCACCCCGCUGACGUCCGCCGCCGACGCCGACAAGGAGGCCCGCCGCGCGGCGUUUGUCGCCCGCGUCGGGGACAUGGUGGAGCGCCUGCGCCGCAGUCCCGUCAAGAGCGUGCGUGCGCGCGCGCAGGAGAGUUACGACGAUGAGCGCCUACCAUGGGGUACGCCUGCCGAUGCUGAGGACGAUGAGGAUGAGGAUAUGGGUGAUGCUGGAGACGAUGAUGAUGAUGAUUCGGAGGAUGGCUGGGGCGGCAUCAAGGACUGA